AUGACGGUCGUCCCACACGUGCUGUGUGACUGCUGUUCUCGUAUCGUCAAGAAGUCCAAGACUAUCCAGGCACUCACAGCUGGCAGGUUUGAUCAGUAUAUAAGUACUAAGGUAUCAAACGGUGUUAAGGAUAACUUCUUCCGCAACCGCAGUCGUGAGGGGUGUUAUGUGGAAGUCUUUUUCCACAAUCGCAGCCUCAGUUAUCUAUGGAAGUCAAGCGCCGCCGGAUGCCAUCUUUGUUCGUUGAUCCCUGAUCCUGUUCCUUCCACUUCAAGCAAUUCCUUGAGGUCAAUCUCCACUAUACGGUCUUGGAUAGAUCAUUGUCUCUGGAAUCAUCCCGGAUGCAACCGGAAGCUCUUCGACACAGAUUGUACGGAGUAUACGGGGCUUCCGAUAAGGUUGGUUGACGUUGGGACAGUCGACGGAGCGCUUGCACCACGGUUGAUACUAACUUCAGCCACCGCAGCCCCCUCUAUUGAAUAUCUCACACUCAGCCAUUCUUGGGCUAUAACUUCGACGGAGUCGACCUUGAGAUUGACAAGCGGUAACAUACAGCGCCUGCAGAAGCAAAUACCUGUCGAACACCUCCCGAGGACAUUCCGGGACGCCAUGGAACUUACACAACGACUUGGAUAUCGAUAUAUUUGGAUUGAUUCAUUGUGCAUUAUUCAAGACUGUGAGAGUGACUGGCACUCGGAGGCCCUUAAGAUGAGCAGUGUUUAUGGCAAUUCGUUGUGGAAUAUUGCUGCUUUGGGGCUCGAUGGAGCCGACACUUGUUUUGCGCAAAGGAACCCCCUUCAGGUCUUUCCAUGCAACAUCACACCACAAAAGGAAGGGAACAGCAUCUACGCCGGUCCCGAGACUGAUAAAGAUAUGCCUCUCUUGAGGCGAGGCCGGGUCAUGCAAGAAAGACUCCUUCCUCCGCGGGUCAUUUACACAGGAGCCAAACAACUGUUCUGGGAAUGCUUCAACGAUUAUAGGCGCGCCGAAUUCACCUACGAAUCAGACAGGCUCAUAGCUCUUGCUGGAGUGGCCAAGGCUAUCGAAGAUAGCAAAGGAUUCACCUACGUGGUUGGUAUAUGGAAGGAGCUUUGGCCCGUCGACUUGUUGUGGCGUCGCAGUGAUAACCCCAUCGAAUGGUUGGAUCGCAGGUUCAAUGAUGGCCCGUACUCGCUGGAGCCCAGGCAGAAACGGGGGUACCUAUCAAAAUCCAGCCCCCCUUCGUGGUCCUGGGCUGCUGGAAACUUUGAAAAGACGUUUUGGCUGUUGGACCACGAGGGGCAAAUGGCCGAGACCAUCCAAAUCACCUACUUGGCACGCGUCAUUGAGUUCACCAGCCCGACACCCAGAGCCCGAUACACUGGUCCGGGGGCGGAUGAGGAAAGAAUAACACUCACCUUGGAGGGUAAGGUCUUGAGAGGGUUGGUCAGAGCCUCCAAGAAAGAUGGCGGAAUUUGGGUGCGAAUGAGCGACGGGCUCAGUUACAACACCCAUCUGAAGCAUUUUAUUGAUUGGGACUAUGAACCAGAGGACGGCGACCCGGUACUCUUUCUGUGGCUACUGUCAUGCUCGGUUUAUUCCUUUGAUCCUUACACUGUAGGACUGGUCUUGACGCCGGAGGAGAGCCCACAGAAGAGCGGCGUGCGGCGACCUCGGUACAGACGCGUAGGCUGUUUCAUGGAGGACUACUUUACGUACUCGAAGAGCAAAUGGGAGGAGGAGAGCAUCUGUCUUUGUUGA